UUUAAUGUCGGAGAGGUGCUGAGCCGAGUACUACUUGCCGGUACUACAUCUAGUGAGACAAGUCUUUGGUGGUGAUACUAUCGUGCUACGCUCGUUAGUUAUUGAUCAAUCUCUGUUUUUUAUUCCGGCGUGUUGGUACCAAGGAAUGGUACUUGUCUAUUAGGUUUCGUAAAAGUGAUCGCAUACAUUUCUGCGUUGGAUUUUUCUUUGUAGUGAAGUUCUUUUAUCUCCACCAAAAUGUCAGGGCUGUUUAACAUUAUGGAAGGUUAUAAUCAUUUUAUGAAAACACAUCAAGAUCCUAGAACGAAAGAUUGGUUUCUUGUAGGAAAACUUGGCCACCUCAUAGUCAUUUUAGUCACAUAUGUAUAUUUCUGCACGAAGGCUGGCCCCAGGUAUAUGAAAGACAAAAAACCAUACGAACUGAAGAAAACAAUUCAAGUAUAUAAUUUGUUACAAGUGUUUGCCAGUGCAUAUAUAUUUAACGAGGGGUUACAAGGGGGUUGGGCAACAGACUACAACUAUCUUUGUCAACCAGUGGUACCCGGUGAGAAAGGAAUGAGGAUAGCGACAGGAGUUUGGCUUUACUUCAUAUGCAAGUUAAUAGAAUUAUUAGAUACAGUGUUUUUCAUUUUAAGAAAGAAAUAUAACCAGGUGACGUAUCUACAUCUAUAUCAUCAUACGCUUAUGCCUAUAUGUGCAUGGAUUGGAGUCACAUUCUUGCCAGGUGGUCAUGGAACCCUUUUAGGUCUAAUUAAUUGUUUUAUACAUAUUAUUAUGUACGCUUAUUAUUUCCUGUCUUCGUUAGGACCACAGUUCCAGAAAUAUUUGUGGUGGAAAAAAUACGUUACUAGUCUCCAAAUGAUCCAAUUCUGCAUAGUAUUCUGGCAUAACUUCCAAGUGCUCUUUAGACCAUGCGAUUACCCAAAGUUUUUGAAUGCCCUUCUGGCUUCCCAGGCGGCAUACUUUCUAUAUUUGUUUGGGUGCUUCUACGUAAAUAGUUACAUGAAAAACAAAAGACCCAAAACUGACAAGGCUCAAAACGGAAAAGUAGCAAAUGGAGUUAUCAAAAACGGAUUAAAAAAUGGGCACGUGGAAAACGCGUGUUCUUCUCGAGAAAACGGGAAAGUUAAGGCUAACUAGGCUAAUAAUUUUUAAUUUUUAUAACUUAAAAUUAUUUAGAUAUAGGUAUUUUAUUUUAUAUAGGAAGAAACUACAGGGUACUACUUAAUAUAUUGAUGAACAUCUAGUAUAAAAAAAUUCGGAUAUCUGUGUGAUUAAAGAAAAAAAUAUCCAUAAACAUACAUAUUUACAAAGCGUCGCUAAUUGUUAAUUAGUUCACAUUAAAAUUUUGAUUUAUACACACUCCCCUGCACAAAAUUCCGCCACUAAAAAUUUUUUAUUAAGUUUAACAAAUUAUAACUUUAUUCUUUGUACUCCGAUUUUCAACAUUCUUGCACUGGUUUGUAGGUACAUAUCGUUUGUUAGGUGAUAUCGUUUGUUAUUAUUCCGGUACUUAAUAAAAAUUUUUUGCUUAGAUGGCAGUAUACGGGGGUGACUGGAAGCGUUGUAUUUUCUCAUAACUUUAAAAAAUUCCGUGGAAAAAUUUAAUUUAAGGCUGAUUUUGUACUCCUUUGUAUUAUGUUGAAGGCAUCCCUAAGAUUUUGUUUUUUGUAUUAUCCGAAUAUCUAUUCUCUUGUAAAAGCUGUAAGCAAAAAAUACUGCUUUGAAGGUUUAUUUAAUUAAAAAUAUCAAAUGCACUAAAAUUAACAACACAAAACAAAAUGAACAACAAAAUCAAACAAUUCAAUAGCGGGUAUGUCCACCUAUCGCAGCAACGACUGCCCGCAAUCUGUGUAGCAUCGAAUAAGUGAUAUGUUAUCCUUGCCUGGGGAAUAGCCUGAUAUUCGUCUACAUAACUAUACCAGAUUUUAUGGAGGUCUAGAAUGAUGGCGAAUAGCUAUUUUCAAUUCAUACCAUAAAUGCUUGAUAAUAUUGAGAUCUGGGUUGCAUGCGGAUCAUUCUAAUCUUAUAAAUCAAUUUUCUAUUUAAAAUAUUUAUGUUUAUGAGUCAAUCAGUGAUUUUAUUUACAAAAUAUUGCGCAGUUCUUACAAGAAAAGAGAUAUUUGGAUAAAUCCAAAAACAAUCUGGAAUAAUACGAAAGGACUACGAAACAAAAUCAGCUGUUCAAUUUUUCCACAGAGUUUUUUAAAAUUAGGAGAAAAUGCAACGCUUCCAUUUAGCCCCGUAUAAUACCAUCUAAGCAAAGUUUUUUUAUUACCGGAAUAAUAACAAACGACACUAAUACAUGUACCUACAAACUAAUGCAAGGAUCUUGAAAAUCGGAGUACAAAGAAUAAAGUUAUAAGUUGUCAAACUUAAUCAAAAAUUUUUUAGUAGCGGAAUUUUGUGCCGGUGAGUGUAGAAUAAUAAUAAUUUUUGAAAGUGAUUGACUACAUCAAAUGGUGCAGAAAUUAUAACUUAGUGAGUAUAGUUGCCAUCAAAUUAUUGCAGGCCCUUAACCUUAAGCUAAUUACAAAGUCAUUUGAAUUUGUGUGGUGUGGUUAAGUUUCUGGCACAGGUAGAAAGUAAUAACUAUUAAUCUAUUGUACGUUUAAUUAUUAUAACUGCUGUUAAGAGACGGUAUCCUGUAAUAAUUUGUUGUGCAUUAGUUACUAUAGACUGACUCAGUUUAUAUGUAUAUGUGGUUGAUUUGACAAGUGGCGAUUUUAUCUCCAUAUUUUUUUAUUGUUUUGUCUCAUUUUGUAGGCCUUCAAUCUGAGGCCUUCCUCUGCCUCUCUUGUGUUCCCAUGGUCGCCAGUAGAUCAUCUGCUUGGUCCAUCUUUUAUCUGCUUGUCGGAUGGUGUGACCUGUGACCUGUGAACCACUAAUGCGGGUUACUACAUGACUUUGCCUGUGUGGCUAUGUUGAGGACGCUUGCCUCCCUUAAGUGUGUUAGGGGGCAGUACCUACAGAAUCGUUUUAGUAACGCAACGAAGACGCACACGCACAAAGUUAAACUAAAUAUCUUCUUCUUCUUCUUCUUCUUGUACUUGUUGCAGAUCUAUCGGUCUGUUAAUUCCGACGUUGAAGUAUGUCUUGAGAGGUAGACUGCCAGCUGGUUUUCGUUCUAGCGCAAUUCUUGGUAUAGUAUAUACUUCUUACAUGAUCUUCUUACUGUUCGUUUUACAUGAUUGAAUCAUUCUCUUCCUCUUUACCUACCUCAUCUUACUACAUCUUGCACGCCACAUUGUUCCCUGAUGAUGUUGUUUCGUAUUCUAUCCCUUCUUGUCUUCCCCGCUAUUACACUUGUGUUUUCAUUUUAGCUGUUCGUAGCAUGCUUUUGGUUUUAUCGGUGUUUUCUCUUCAUUCAAUACCAUAGGUCAUAACAGGUCUGAUGCAAGUUUUAUAAAUUCGAACUUUUAAACUAAAUUUAAGAUUGAAUAAUAAUAAAAUACUUAAUAAGAAAUAAGAGGGAACUAUGUGUGGAAAGACGGAACAGUCAAUGAUAUUACCUAACCUAAUAGAUUCCCUAAUUAAACAUAUAGCCCAAUAAAUGAUCGUUUUGGAGUGUAAUUUUCAGGGGCAACUCCGAAUUGCAUGAAAAUUUGGAUUUAGGUUCUACUUACCCUCCACUUCAAAGUUGAAUUUGUCCCAUUUUGCUUUUACUUGGGGUUGACAGUCACCCCUUCUCAGGGGGUGAAAAACGCGUGUUUAAAAAUAAGCCCGGAAAUGGAUAAAUUGACCGAUUAUAAGCAACUUUAGUUCUAUAAAGUUUUUUACAUAAGUCAAUACUUUUCGCGUUAUUCGCAAUUGAAAAUGUUGAUUUUUCGACAAAAAAACUACGUUUUCAGACCGUUUUUCGCAAAUAACUCCAAAAAUAAAUAUUUUAUCGAAAAAAAUAUUUUAAACAAAACUGUAGCUUAUAAAAAAACAAAAAAAAUUGGUGUAUCAGUAAAGUAUAUAAAUUGAGAAAAAGCAAAGUUGUAACUCAUGAAAAAUACGUUCUUAUUCGUCUAAUUCCAAAUCGAAUAAGUCAACGCGAAAUCACCGAAAAAUUGAGCACUUUUCGGGAAAAGCUUGUUAACACUUUUAAAGUACCUAAAAAAAUAUUUAUAUUUGUUUUUUACAAAAGUUUCUAGCACCAAAAAUAAACGAGUUACACUGAAAAAAAAAGUUGGCCCCUUUUUUUGGUAAAAAAAAUUGUGAAAACCUCCCUCUAUUUAGCACCCUAAAUAAAAUUAAUCGUUAACGCUUUACCAUUUAUUUCAACUGUAUGUAUAAUUAAUAUUAUUGUUUAUAUGAUCUGUAAGUUUGAUUGGCUUGAAGUGCUUAUUUUUGAAAAAAUUUGGUUUUAUAGUAAAACAAAAUUUUCUAAAAAUGUUUGAAAAAUUACCUUUUUUCAAAAUAACUUAAAAAGUAUUAAUGAUAAGAAAAAUCUUAAAGAGUAAAAAAAUAUAGGUUUUCUUAUUAUAAAUAUGCUAGUUUCAUCUUGUUUUCCCGCAAGACAAAAAUUGGUUAAGAUAUGGCUGUUCAAAAUUUGCAUACACUCGUGACUAGUGACCCGUUCAAGCUUUUUAACUAUAUCCCUUUCAAAAAUAAGCACUUUAAAUCGGUGAGACUGACAGAUCAUAUAAAAAAUAGAUAAGUAAGUAAAUUGUUUGUAAAGCUGUAGCGAUUAAUUUCAUUUGAGGAGCUAAACACGGGGAGAUUUGCAUGAUUUUUUUACAUAAGAAAAGAGGGCCAACUUUAUUUUGAGCGUAACUCGCUUAUUUUUAAUGCUAGAAACUUUUAUGAAUAAUUCUAAUAAAGCUUUUUAUAAACACUUUAAAAAAGUUUAAAUAGGUUUUUUCCGAAAAGUGCUUCGGUGAUUUCACCUUGAAAUAUUCGAUUUGGAAUUAGACGCACAAGAAAGUAUUUUUCAUGAGCUACAACUUUGUUUUUACUCGAUUGAUAGACUUUACUGAUACACAUUUUUUUCAGUUUUUUAUAAGCUACAAUUUUGCUAAGGAUAUUUUUUUGAUCAAGUAUUUAUUUUUUGAGUUAUUUGCGAAAAACGGUCCGAAAACGUAGCUUUUUUGUCGAAAAAUAAACAUUUUCAAUCGAAAAUAACUCUAAAAGUAUUGACUUACAUAAAAAAACUCUAUAGGACAAAAUUUGCUUAAAAUCAGUCAAUUUAUCCAUUUCCGGUCUUAUCUUGAAUAUGUUUUUUCACCCCCGAGAAGGGGUGACUGUCACUUCUCAAGCAAAAGCAACCAACGGCGCAAUUUCAACUUUGAAGUGGAGGGUAAGUAGAACCUAUAUCCAAAUUUUCAUGCAAUUCGGAGUUGCCCCUGAAAAUUACACGGUAUCGCCGUAUUUCCCGUUCAUUUACUGGGCUAAUUAGGUUCAUUGUUUAUCAGUAAUUUAUUUAUACUAAAAUAUUUGAGUGUAACAUUUAUUGGUAUUUACUGUGUAAGUUUUGUUGUCUGUGAUUUUAUGAAAAAUUCAGGGGUUCAGCAACCCAUUUUGCGGAUCACUGACAGUUCAAUAUAGUACAACUAGUAUGCUUAAAAUAAUUAUAUAGUGAUAAAAUAAGUUUCUUGUGGGAUCGGUACUUACCGGAGGGAUCGCAGACGUUCGGAUACAAUUAGCGUCUCUUUGCAAAGACAAUGACGUCGACUUUGCAAAGUAACAAGACACUUACUCAUCACACACACUACACAUGACACUAGGUACCUAACUGCAAAAAUUCACCGUACCUACCAUGCCAAUGGCCAUUAGUUGUCGAGGCAAAAAAAGAGUUUUUUGUUUAUGAAUAUUAUAAUUUCAUGAGUUUGCUAAGAAAAUGUUCCUUUUAAAAUGAUUUUUUUUUAAUUCCCCAAUGUUUUGUUAACGAACUGUCAGCGAUGUAAUACAACCUACCAUUUCAUUAUAUUAUAAGCAUAAAACAGCCAUGUUCUCUUAAAACUUGGAUUUACUGGUCAGGGUGUGUCCUCACGAAUCAAUGUAGUUAUAGCUCAUUCAAGGUAGAAAACGGGCACCCUAAAAAAUGGCUUAUUUGUGAUGUCUCGUAUAUUCUAUAAGCUUGUUGGCCCGUUUAAGUAAUUUUUUCAAUAUGUUAUAGCCUUAUUCUUUCACAAUAUCGCUAUAAUAAUAUUGUUGCUAAACAGGUAAAUUUUCAUUAUAUACCGGGUGUACGAAUCAAACUGUGUUAUUUUCUCAAAGUUCGCAACACCCUGUGGAAUAUUCUAGCAUUUAAAAAUACUGAAAUUAAAAGCCAACUAUAGCCUCAGGUUUUCUUAACAUUCUCUUUUUUGAUUCAUUCGCUUAUGUUGGAUAAUACAAAAGUUAGAUACUUUAACAACUAGCCAUGUUCUUCAUCAGUACAGGGAGUUUAGUGCGACAAACUUUAAGGGGUAAUUCUGCAUGAAAAAAUAAUACCGAUUGAUUUAUAAACAUAUGUCUGCAAAUGCUUCGUUUCCGAGAUACGGGAUGUUGAAUUUCUUCUCACAAACUGACGAUUUAUUUAUUGCCUUAAAACCGGUCGAGAUAUGCAAAUGAAAUUUGGUAGGUAUUAAAAGAUAGUUAUUGCCAUAUUAUUCACCAUUGGCGCGCAUACGGGUAAUAUGACCGAUCACAUUACCCGUAUGCACGCCAAUGGUGAAUAUAAAAUUUUUAGUGGCAUGUCAAAAAUGGGCAAUAACUACCUCUUAAAACCCACCAAAUUUCAUUUGCAUAUCUCAACCAGUUUUAAAACAAUAAAUAAAUCGUCCGUUUGUAAGAAAAAAUUCAACAUCCCGUAUCAAACGAAGCAUUUGCGGACAUACGAUUAUAAAGCAAACUGUCAUUAUUUUUUAAUGCAGAAUUACUCCUUAAAGUUUGUCGCACUUAUUUAGAAACUCCCUGUACUGAUGAAGAAUAUGGCUAGUUGUUAAAGUACCCAACUUUUGUAUUAUCCAACAGAAGAGAAUGCAUAAAAAAACAGAAUGUUAAGUAAACCUGAAUCAACAGUUUGGUUUUAAUUUCAGUAUUAUUUAUCAAUGAUAGAAUAUUCCACAAGGUGUUGCGAACUUUGAGAAAAUAACAUAGUUUGAUUCGUACACCCGGUAUACAAUGAAAAUUUACCUACCUGUUUGGCAACAAUAUUAUUACAGCGAUAUUGUGAAAGAAUAAGGCUAUAACAUAUUUAAAAAAAUACUUAAAUUGGACAACAGGUUUAGAAGAUACGAGACAUCAAAUAUGACCCAUUUUUAGGGUGUCCGUUUUCUCUGACGCGCAGUGUAUUUUUAUGCAUUAGCGUUCAUUUUUCAGAGGAGAUAAUUUAAUUUCUUUUAUGUGUUUGAUGGUAAGUAAAACCUUAAGCUCUAGUUUGUGGAGUCGCCAUCUCUGUCCUCAGCGCGUCAUCUUGGAAAAGAGAGUGCAAGAACUUUUUUCUUAUUACUUUUUAUAAUAAAAUGGAAAAUAAAAAAAAUGGCGCCAGGGGGACAAGGGUAGCUACCCCACAGACAUGAACUUAAGCUUAUUCUAAUCCCUCCUACACAUUAAAAAAAUAAACAUCGUUCUCUGAAAAAUACAACCCUAAAUGUAACUUUUCAAUGGACUAUUGGCUGAUUACACUGUGCUUUGUUUUUAAACCAAGAGGAGUAAACUAAAAAGACAGAUUCACACCCAAGAAAGUCACUAGAAAAAUCACCAAAUACAUCUUCUUUUUUUUCUGAUCAUGUCAGCCUUUGAUGGUAAUUCAUAAAUAUUAUAUUAUAGUAAUAUAUGUCGCUCAAGAGUUCUAGGUUUUUUAUAAAAGCAGACUAACAAUCUAAAUAUUAAAGGAAUAACCCAGAAAACACAAAAAAUCGCCGAUAUAACUUAAUUAACCUAUGAAAUGCCAAUAGUGUCAAAAUUUUAUAAAUGUCAUUAGUGUCAAAAUUUUAUAACAGUGGAUUAAACUUGCCUGCAAAUUACAAAUAAGCAUUACGGCCCGAUAAAUUUGAAUUACUCCUCCUGGUUUAAAAACAGACUAUAGUUGAAUUAGAUUUAACCCUUUAUAGGCCAGUGUUCUAUUUAUAGAUAAUUGAAAAUUUUAAUUUCUUUCAACCCUCAAAAUUUGUUGUAUUGUUUAUUAUUACCUAUAUUCAUUAAUAAAUUUUGGAAAUAUAAACUAUUAAAUCGUCAUUGAAAGUUUUAUGUUACUGAUCCAUAAAUAGGACACUGGUACUCGUUAUCAAAAUGUGCAGCAUUUUAGUAUUCAGUUGAAUUUGAAUAUGUGCACAUGUCAUUGUAUUUUUUUAAUGCUACAUUAUUUUGUUUGUAGUUACAGUUAUUUUAUAAGAGUUACAUGGUUGUACAUAUAAUUGUAGUAAUAAUAAACAAACCAAUUUGCCAAA